CUCCGCGUGGACGGUUUAACCCGUGGCUUUCACCUUCUCUCCUCGGCGCUACGUCCUCCUCUCUUUCAAGAAGGGACGUCGCUCUCUCUCGCUCGCUUUAAAGAAGAGGAGAUCAAUUCACUCCGCGAUAGAUCCGUUCCUCUCGAAGAAAACAAUUAAACUACUCUUCGAUCCUUGGGCGCUAUUGUUUUCAAAGUUGGGAAAGGGAUUCUUGAAGGGGGUUGUUCGCAUCUGGCGUCAUGAGUUUUGUUUUCCGGGGAAGCAGGGCAGACAUCGAGAGUGGGCUCCCGGGGUUCAUCCCGGAGAGGCGCGCUGCGCGUAUGCAUCCGGUUGGCCGGCCUGUUAAUACCAACUCCAUGGCUUUUCUCGUCACCGUUCUUUUGCUGUUCAUGAUAUUGAAUUCACAUCAGAUGUCACCGAACUUUCUGCUUUGGCUAGUGCUGGGAGUGUUUUUGAUGGCCACCAGCCUGAGGAUGUAUGCCACAUGCCAGCAACUCCAAGCCCAAGCCCAUGCCGUGGCUGCCAGUGGCUUGCUGAGGCAUACUGAGGUGCGGCUGCAUGUGCCACCAUCCGUAGCCUUUGCAACGGGAGGGCGAUUGCAAAGCCUUAGGCUCCAACUUGCACUUCUUGACCGGGAAUUUGAUGAUUUAGAUUAUGAUGCUCUGAGAGAACUAGAUACUGAUAAUUCUUCUGAGGCUCCUUCUAUGAGUGAGGAAGAAAUUAAUGCUCUUCCUGUACACAAAUACAAAGCUAAUUUACAGAAGGAUUCUUCCUCAAACCGACAAAGUGAUGGAUCACUGCUGCAACAGGCAUCAUCAUCUUCUGCAUCUGCAGCUGAGAGGAAGCGGGACUGUGUCAAAGCUGAUGGGAGUUUGAAAACCUCAGAAGAUGAACUGACAUGCACUGUUUGCUUGGAGCAAGUUAAUGCAGGAGAACUGAUAAGAAGUUUACCCUGCCUGCAUCAGUUUCAUGCGAACUGUAUCGAUCCAUGGUUGCGCCAGCAAGGCACAUGCCCUGUCUGUAAACAUAGGGUGAGUUCAGGGUGGCAUGAAAGUGGUGGUGGUGUAAUGGAUGCUUCUUAUAUGGUCUAGUACAUGAAGACACCCCUUGGUACCGGUACUGCAAUGCAUAAGAGCAUAUGGCUAAUAUGUAUUACGUACGAUACACACUUGUAUGAACCCCAUGUACAGUGUAAAUAGAAGUGGCUCCGGGUCUAUUCAGUCUGUAUCUGGCCGGAAUAUAGGUUGGUUAGGCUAUUGCAUUAACAACUGUCUUAGAUGAGUAUUAGGUAAUCUAGUCAAGAAUUCUUCUUGAAACUGUGUGUUUUGCACUUGUGAUUUUACCAAUAAUGUCUAGCUACUGGUAGAGUUUGAUGUUCUUUUUUUUUUUUUUUCUGGUACUGGUGGAGUUUGAUGUUUCAAUAGCAGCUUAUGUUACCAUCUUCACUUA